CAAGAGAUAAGAGAUUGAAGUGCAACACAACAGAAAAAAAAAUGAGCAACUCACAUGCUUCUUAUUGUUUCCCGUGUGGAAUGUCGGAGUGUACCAAAAAUAACAUCACAGGUAUAUACGUAAUUUGAUAAAAUAAUUAAUAAUAAAUUUUAGUGGAUUAUAAAUGAUCGUGUAGAAUAGAUAGAGGGUGAGCUAUGGAGAGCGUUUUGGGCCUUCCGUGGGCAUACACAGUAAUGUUGUUUUCUUUCCCUCAAUGCUAUACACAUGAGAUGCCCAAAUAUCACAUUUUUGGACAAACAACCACACACAGCAACUCCACAUCACUCAUGUUGAGACUAUACAUAUCUCAAGUCUUAUUGUUUGGUAAAAGACAACAUGGUGCUCACAGAAGAAAUCCUUCUCGAGAGAUUAUCUCUGUGCGAGCGAGAAGAGGGUGGUUGGUGUGCCUUUGGCUGUAUAAAUUUGGGAUUAAUAGGAGGAAUGCAACAUUUUGACUCAUUCGUGGUGAUCUUGAGCUUCACACCGGAUCUCCUCGCGCGCAGUUCUCGAGGCUGUUAGCACGCAACACAGCACCGCACAAUGGAUGUGUCGCAGUGAUUUCCGCGCAGUCGGGUCUGCUCUCGGCGUGAGCCGUAAAAAAAAAGUGUGCCUUCCAAUUGAUUAGAGAGAAGAUUGAGGAGACAUGGUGGCAAUGGAUAAUGUGCUGCUGUUCGUGCCAGAUGGGCUGGACAGGAAGAAAUCUCUGUCAAUGUCACAUCUGCCCGUACCAGCACAAGAUAGGAACUUCCUCUGCGUUCCCGGUGCAUCGAGUUUACAGGAAUUGCAGGAAAUUACGGAUUUAUCACGCAAAUCCUACGAAUCUCUCCGUCGGAUUGAGUCAAAUACAUCCAUCACUGUGCCUGAGAAUUUUAGUUUCUCCACCCUGGCCAUUCAGGUGUACAAGAUGCGUUGGGCCGUGCUCCUGCUGAGCCUUGCCGCCGUGGCACUCACGUAUAUGCAGUGGAUUCAGUACAGUAUUGUUGCCAAUAUCAUUAUGCGAUACUACCGUGUAUCAUCGCUCCUUGUUGACUGGACAUCAAUGGUCUUCAUGGUGACCUAUACUCUUCUUGUUAUCCCAGUUUCAUUCUUUAUGGACAUUAAACGUCCACGUCAAGCUGCAGUAAUGGGAUCUGUUCUCUUGGCUUUAGGAUCUUGGAUUAAGGUCUUCUCAUUGGAUCGUGAGAUGUUCCUUGUGAGCUUCCUAGGGCAGACUGUGGUGGCUAUUGCGCAGGUUUUUAUUGUCAGCCUACCAAAUCGUCUUGCCACCACAUGGUUUAGCCCCGAGGAAGCAUCAAAAGUCUGUGGUUUGGGUGUAUUUGGGGCUCAACUGGGAACAUCACUGGGGUUCUUCCUCACCCCAUGGCUUGUGCAGAAUGACGAUAAAAUUGAGAAUAUUCAUCAGGAUCUUGAAAUUAUGUACAUAAGUGAUGCUGGACUUUCAACCAUGAUCUCCGUUUUCACCGUGGCAGUGUUCCAAUCACAACCCGAAAAGCCACCGAGUCACAUUCAGGCAAUCCAGAGGAGUGUUCGGGCAACAAAUAAGGGUUUCUGGAAAUCCAUCUGGGGCAUUGUGAGGCAGCGAGACUUUGUUAUCCUCGCCAUUGCAUAUGGGAUGAAUGUUGGUGUCUUCAAUUCCAUGCUAACACUUCUCAAUCAAAUUGUACUCAACUACUUUCCCGAUAGCGAAAAAGAUGCUGGCUACAUUGGAGUUGCCAUCAUUGUUACUGGCUUAGUGGGAUCUGUGGUGUUUGGCUUUGUAAUGGAUACAUGGCAUGAGUACAGAAAGACUGCAGUAUGGGUGUACGGAAUAACUGCCCUGACGGUCCUUGUCUUCUCCUUAUCAUUGGAAAGUAAAUCCAAGAAGCUCCUCUACGUGGCAUCAAUUCUCAUGGGUUUCUUCAUGAGUGGCCUUCAGACAAUUGGAUAUGAAUUAGCAGCAGAGUUAACCUACCCAGAACCCGAUGGUCCCGUAGCUGGUAUCAUGAACAUUUCCACGCACAUCUUUGGGAUUCUCUUCACCAUCACAAUAUCACGCAUUCACGAUACCAUGGGGGACCUCGCGGGUAAUAUGGCAUUCACAGUGCUUCUAGUCAUUGGUGCACUUAUUAUUGCACAAAUAAAAUCAGAAUUAAAGAGGCACUCUGCCUACAAGGAGGUUGCUUCUGCUGCUGCGGAAUUGGCUCAGCUUGAGAAGCAGAUUGUGCAGGAAAAAGCUCCGUUUCUCAUCUUUAAAAUUGAUGAACAUUAAAAAUGUCUUCGUUAUUCGUUUAUUUUUUUUUAUUUUCAAUAAAUAAUUCAACGAAUUACAUU